AUGUGCACCGCUAUUUCGUCAUUAGCUGUCCAGAAUAUGCAUUUGGAGAAAGCUUGUAGAGUCAAUUUAGAAUAUGGAGAUGAUGUUUGUGAUCGUAUUGCACGAAGAAAUACUACUGGCCUGUUCAAGCAAGAAAAGGAAGUGCAAUCGCUGGUCGCUCAAGUAGUCGCUUGGAAGUUCCCUCUUCAAACUGCAAUACCCGCCGUGAUGGUACUUUUUGUUGGCGCUUGGAGUGACAAGUAUAAAAAAAGAAAAAUAUGUAUAGUAUUCCCUUUCAUUGGAGAAAUUUUUUGCAACAUUGGUUUAUUAGUUGCUACCUAUUUCUUCAAGGAGUUGUCUUUGACUGCGACUGCUUUGAUUGAGGCUUUGCCGGCGGCGUGUACUGGUAGCUAUAUAAUUAUAUUCAUGGGCAUGUAUAGCUUCAUGGCCGAUAGGACAUCAAUAGAAAAUAGGACAUUCCGCCUUGGACUUGUGACGAUAUGUGUUACAGCAGGUACUCCAACUGGAACAGCAUUGAGUGGAAUAUUGUUACGUGCUAUCGGAUACUAUGGAGUAUUUUCUUUAUUGUUAGGACUACACAUACUUUCAUUUUUGUAUGGUGUGUUAAGACUUGAGGAUGUUAUUCUUGAAAAAACGAGUUCUAGUGCUGAAAAAGAGGGGACUGGAUAUCGUAAAGUAUUUAGAGAUGUGGUUCAGCUUGUGGGUAAUACUUUACUGGUUAUUAUAAGACCAAGGGCUUUAGGGGGCAGGACGCAAGUAUUUUGUGUGAUACUGUUAUACCUGCUUAUGGUUGGGCCACUUUACGGUGAUUCGCAAGUGGCAUACCUGUACGUGAUACGUCAAUUCGGCUUCACUGAGGUCGAAUACAGCAUUUAUGGUACCAUUAACAUCGUCCUGGGUCUGUUUGGUACAUUCUUCUGCAUAUCAGUGCUCAGUAAGAGACUAAACGUGGAAGAUAGCGCUAUUGGCGCAUUAGCUGGUGCGAGCAGGAUAGCGAGCUGUUUUAUGUUUGCAUUUGCACCGAAUAGAUCUUGGUACUAUGUAGCACCACUGUUAAACAUAUUUAGUCACACUGGUCUAACUGCCGUCAGAUCAAUAGCUACCAAAAGUGUUCCGACUGAAGAAGUAGCUAAGCUGAGUGCUCUCAUGGGUGUGACGGAAGCAAUAGCGCCUUCAAUAUACAUGCCUUCCACUAGCUACAUCUACAUGUCAACAAUCGACAGCUUUCCCGGUGCCUUUUAUAUGUUUGAUGUAGCACUGACUGUCGUCGCUCUGGGAUUAUUCGCGUUUAUUUACACACUUGCAAAGCGAAGAGACAAGGUCGUUUCGAAUCCGAGUAAAAAAGAAGAAUAUGCCAGAUCAAACGAAGUGUCACGGUUUUGA